CUCUUUUUCUAAAUCGACUUUUAUGUUCUGUCUUUUUUUUGUUUGUCGUCUCUGCAGUGACUCAUCUCAUUUCCUUUUGUUCUUCUGGUUUUCGAUGAUCUUUCAAAUUUUCUUGAGAAUCUGUGGGCUUUUCGUUUUCCGGUAAAAAAAAGACAGUUUUUUUUUUGUGUAAGAGAACUGGACAGAGUGUUUUUUUUUUCCUUUGUGGCCAGAUGAGAGGAAACUUUGGAGGCUGGGAAUUGUUGGUGGUAGCCCCACUCACGUGAAAGUAACAAAACAGAGAAAUUUUCUCUGGGCGUGUUUGUUUCCUGGGAAAAUUUCGUGUUCCUGCGAAAAAAUUGGGACUUUGGUCAGGCAGUGUGGUGAACAAUUAGGGUUUAUUGUUCUUCUACUUUAAGGAAAAAGCGGAGCUGAAGUGGAUGAAAUCGUGACCGAGGUUCAAAUCGAAGCUGGUGCUGAUCGGGAUCCACUGAAAUCCCCGGCCGAGACCAGAGGUUUUCCGGUGGCAAAUGCAAAGAAAUCCGGUGGCCAUGGAGUUCUCCGGCGAGAAACAGAGUUUGAGUUUAUGGUUCUGAGAUCUCCGGCGACCAGAGAAGAAGUUCCAUCCAGUGGAUAGCGAGGAGAUUCCGGCAGGCCUCGAAGAACUCCCGGCGAAAAUCCGACAAAGCAGACAACUUUCCGACGGAAACCCCAUACUCUCCGGUGGGAUUGAAGAAGUUUCCAACAAAAGUCCACACGUUUAGGGUUCCUCAGUAACAUAUAGAAGAAGCAGAAAAUGCUAGCUUUAAUGGAGUCAAAUGGGAAGAAGGCGAAGGAUUGCAAAGAAGAUAAGAGCUUGGAUUCACAGCUAUGGCAUGCUUGUGCCGGUGGAAUGGUGAAGAUGCCGCCGGUGAACUCCAAAGUCCUUUACUUCCCUCAAGGCCACUCGGAGCACGCCUCCGCCGCUGUGAAUUUACCAAACUGCCCUCGCAUUCCGCCAUUGAUUCUCUGUCAAGUUACCUCCAUGAAGUUCCUAGCUGAUCCCGAAACCGAUGAGGUUUACGCCAAAAUCGGAUUGGUUCCUGUGGCUUCAGGCCUCGGAUUCGACGAGGAAGAAGACGGGCUCGGGUCCGAUGAAGGCGAAGGGGGCAAUGCUAAGCAGCCUGCUUCAUUCGCCAAGACGUUAACUCAGUCGGAUGCUAACAAUGGAGGCGGAUUCUCUGUUCCGAGGUAUUGCGCUGAGACGAUAUUCCCGAGGUUGGAUUACACGGCUGAUCCGCCCGUGCAGACGAUAUUAGCUAAGGACGUUCAUGGCGAGACGUGGAAGUUCAGGCACAUUUACCGCGGAACCCCUCGCAGGCACUUGCUCACGACGGGAUGGAGCACUUUCGUAAACCACAAGAAACUCAUGGCCGGCGAUUCCAUCGUGUUCUUGAGAACGGCGAAUGGAGAUCUCUGUGUCGGGAUUAGGAGGGCGAAACGCGGGAUUUCUCCUGAUGGGUCUGAGAUGCUGUCUCCUGGGUGGGGCAGCGGACCCGAUUCAUAUUUCUCUGCGUUUAUGCGGGAGGCCGAGGAGGGGAAGCUGAUGAGGAGGAGGAGGAGUAAUGGCAGUGAAAAUGGCAGAACUAAUCGCUCAGGGAGAGUACGGGCAGAGUCGGUGGUUGAGGCGUCAGUAUUGGCAGCGAGCGGGAAUGCAUUCGAGGUGGUUUAUUACCCGAGGGCAAGCACACCGGAGUUCUGUGUGAAAGCAGGGGCUGUGAGGCGAGCGAUGGGGAUCAGAUGGUGCCCGGGUUUGAGAUUCAAGAUGGCGUUUGAAACCGAGGAUUCAUCCCGGAUCAGCUGGUUCAUGGGUACCGUUUCAUCCGCACACCCCGCUGAUCCUAUCCGAUGGCCCAACUCUCCUUGGAGGCUUCUCCAGGUUGCUUGGGACGAGCCGGAAUUGCUGCAAAACGUGAAACGGGUGAGCCCGUGGCUUGUGGAACUCGUCUCCAACAUGCCCGGCGCCCUUCACUUCUCCCCGUUCCUGCCUCCGCAAAAGAAGCCGAGGCUUCUGCUCCAACCACCGGAGUUUCCACUCAACACCGCUCAAUUUCCCGUCCCGAAAUUCUCCUCGAAUUUAUUCGGGUCGAGAAACUUCCUCAGGUGCUUACCCGACAACAACAACUCCGACAAAAACAUUAACAUUCCUGCUGGCAUGCAGGGAGCCAGGCAUGCUCGUUUCGAUCUAUCACGAACCGAUCUCCAUCUCCACAAGCAAACCCUCUCGGGCGAUCCUUCCAUUCUUCUUCCCACCCGAACCACCUCGCUUAUGGGCCUAAGCGAUAACGGCGUUUCUUGUUUUCUGACUAUGGCUUACAAUAAUUACCCGACGGCAAAGAAGACGAUAACCACGCCUCAGCUCGUGCUGUUUGGUCGGCCUAUCCUCACCGAGCAAGAGAUCUCUCUCGGCGGCUCGUGUGGUUCGAUGACAUUGAAGGAUUCUUCUUCAGACAAGAAUCUUGACAGAACAGCUAAGCUUCUGUCCUUGGUAGAGCUGGAAGAACCUGAGAUGACUAGCUUGGAAACAGGACAGUGUAAAGUAUUCAUGGAGUCAGAGGACGUUGGCCGGACACUCGACCUGCCGCUGCUUGGAUCUUACGACGCACUCCGCGAAAAUCUAAGGCGCAUGUUCGGAAUCGAACAUCCCGACACGCUAAACAGCCUCGUGUACUGCGAUAUCUCGGGUUCUGUCAAACCCGUAGGAGAUGAGCCCUACAGCGAAUUUGCAAGAACCGCAAGAAGAUUGACGAUUCCGGUGGAUUCAGGCAAUGGCAGAGAAGGAAUCUAGUGAUGAAUUCAUAACCAUACCGGUUAAACCGGACGGGUUUGAUUUGGUUUGUAAGUGUACAGCGAGCCGACAUUCUUGUGCUUGAUUUUGAUUUCAGACAUGAAAGACUUCUUAAACAUGAAUGAAUCGGAAUUAUCUUGUAACA